AUGGAGGAGAUUUUAUCAGACAAGGACACUUAUGAAAUUAUUAACAAAGAUCCAACCAAAAAAGUUACCAGCGAAUUACGUUCCUUAUUGGUUAGAUGGAAAAGCAAUAAAUUUAUUGACGAUUCCACAUAUCGAAGGUUACUCAUGACUGAUGGUAUUAUUCCAAGGGCAUACGGUUUAACGAAGAUCCAUAAACAGGGGAACCCGUUAAGAAUUAUUGUAUCAUCUACUAACAGUCCAUUAUAUUAUUUUUCGUUAUAUCUGCAUAAUAUCAUCAACGAUUCUAUAUUAGAAGCACCUAGUUACAUCAGGAAUAGUUUUCAACUUGUCGAAAAAUUAAAAGAUAUUUGCAUCGAACCUGACUAUUUGCUAGUAUCAUUAGAUGUAGUUUCUUUGUUUACGAAUGUUCCCAUAGAGUUAGUGUCUGAUGGUAUUGCAAAGAGAUGGGAGUAUAUAUCGGGGAAGACUGUCAUACCACUAAAUGAGUUUUUAAUUGCUGUUCGUUUGGUUUUGAACUCCACCUUUUUUAUGUUUAAUAACAAAUAUUACAAACAGAUUUUUGGUACUCCGAUGGGUUCUCCGUUAUCUCCAAUUGCGGCGGACAUAGUCAUGCAAGAUUUCGAAGGUAAAGAUCAGUUAGAUCCCUUAUUUAAUCAAAAUGUAGUUUACAAGAUCUCUUGUGAUGAUUGUGAAGCCAGUUACGUGGGUCAGACCAAAAGACAAUUAAAGACAAGAUUGCACGAACAUGUCUCCGAUAUCAAUAAGAAGUCAAAAUCUCCAACAGUCAUCACUUGUCAUCGCAUUGACCAGAAUCAUAAUUUCGACUGGGAUAAUGUGGAAAUAUUAGACAGAGAAGCUUCGUUUAAUAAGAGAUUGAUAUCGGAGAUGGUUCACAUUAAACGACAAACGCAUGGUCUAAAUAAACAAAAUGACACAGAAUCCUUGCCAGAAUCAUACCUAAAUAUUAUCCAAUCUCUUUCCCCCUCCUAA